AUGGUAGUUGGAGAAUCACGUACUGAACUACUUCAGUGGCUCAACCUCACCUUAGAUCUAAACUACACCAAAGUAGAACAAUGUGGUACCGGUGCCGCAUUUUGUCAAUUAUUAGAUUCAAUAGUCGGAGGAAUCCCCAUGAUGAAAGUUAGAUUUGAUGCAAAGACAGAAUAUGAUUAUAGACACAAUUGGAAAAUCUUACAAGGUGGAUUCACAAAACAUAAAAUCACCAAGAUUAUUGAUGUUGAACGAUUGAUUAAAUGUCGAUUACAAGAUAAUUUGGAGCUUCUACAAUGGUUUAAACGAUAUUGGGCCGAGAAUAAGGAUUAUAAUGAUGAUAGUUAUGAUCCGGCUUCGAAGAGACGGGUGAGUGGGAGUACGAAUAGCACGGGUUCUGCGAGUGUUAGUGGGAGGAGAAAUGUACUAUCGUCGACAACUGGCACCGUGGCACCACCACCAAAGCCAAUGCUGCGACAACGUACUAGUUCAAGAUCAUCACUUACGGGUGGAGUUUCCGGUGGUGGCGGUGCAGGUGGUGUUGCUGCAAAUACUUCUAGAAGUAGAUUAACUGAAACUCCGUUAGCUAGAUCAUCAUCUCAAAAUUUCGGGUUAAAUACUUCAAAUAGUAGUAUGUCUACUCCAUCACUUAAUUAUAAUAAACCAAACCCACAACAAAACUCAAGAAUAACCCAAUUAACUAAACAAGUUGACGAAUUAUCUCAAGAAAAUGCCCAAUUAAUGUCAGAAGCUGAAGAAUAUAGGAUAUCUUCCGAAAGUUUAGUCACGGAACGGAAUUUUUAUUUUAAUAAAUUAAGAGAUAUUGAAAUUGUUUGUCAACAUAUUCAAGAAUUAAAUCAACAAAGAAAUUUACAGGAAUUAGGAGAUUUAGAUAUUGUUAAAUUUUCAAGUCAAAUUUUGGAUAUUUGUUAUCAAACUGAAGAAGGAUUUGGUGAUGUUGAAGCUUCUAUGCAUGAGAUUUCAAAUAUUUCGGGGUCAAGUAUGAUGGAUGAGUCUUCUGUUCUUGGGGGGUCACAUCAUAAUGGACAACAUAUGAGUUAUACUGAUGAUAUGCUAGAUGGUGAGUCUUUUUAG